AUGGAUCGCACUUAUGGUUAAUAAAAAGAUUUAUCUGAGGUUUUUGCUUAUGUAAAAGAUAUUGAUGAAUUAAUAUUAAGCCAAAUCAUUGAAAUUUUCAGAAGAGAAAACAUAUCAGAUAGCUUACAAUUUCUUUCAUUUGAUCAAAAUCAAAAGCAACUUGAAUAAUAAAUUUUAAAAAUAGAAAAUUUAUCAAGCAAGGAUAGAGAAUAGAAGCUAUAUGUUGUUAGGAAUAACAUUAAGAUAAUUUCUGCUAUACUCAAAAAUAUUAAAUAUCAUGACUUUAAUAACAGUAAUUGUUUAUCUGGAAAAGACUUAGAAAUGGUAAAAGUUAUAAUGAAGAAAGUGGAGGAGAAUAAGAGGAUCAUUUCAUUAUUUAUAUUUUUAGUUCAUCUCAAGUAAUUGAUUAAGAAUUCAUAAUAUGCGGAUCAAACUCACUAAGCCUAUUAGUUGAAAUGAAAAUUGAUCUAAGAAAUUAAUGCCUUCAAAAUAUAUAGAUUUAAAACACUUCUUUAAUUGGAGCUAAUUUUGUAAGAUGCAACUUGAGUGGAUCGUAAUUCAAUCAUGUAAAUAUUAGUGGAGUGAACUUAAAUGGGGCUUAACUAUUUGAUUGUAAAUGGAAGAAUUUGAAAAUACACGAAUUGAAUUUACUGAAAGGUCAUAGUGGUUCAAUAUACUCAGUUUGCUUCUCUCUUGAUAGCACUACAUUAGCAUCUGGCAGCGCAGAUAAAGCAAUAAUUUUAUGGGAUGUUAAGACAGGAUAAUAAAAAGCAAAAUUAAAAGAUCAUAGGGGAACAGUCAACCCAAUCUGCUUCUCUCCUGAUGGUAUUACAUUGGCAUCUAGUAGUAGAGAUAAAUCCAUCCGUUUAUGGGAUAUUAAGACAAGUAAAUAAAAAAACAAAUUGGAAGGUCCUACUAGGGAAAUCUACUCUAUCUGUUUCUCUCCUGAUGGU